CAAUUUUAAGGCACGACUUUGUCUUGCCUCUUGGCCCGACUUGCGACAUGAGUUGCUUCCGACCACGGGCCGCUCGGGCGGCACUGGGGCUGGCGAGACAUCGCCGCUGCGCAGCAACGUUUCCACAAGUGAAUCCUCGAAAUGGGCAGACUUUCCAUGUCUACGAAGCCAUGAGCGAAGACACCGUUGGACAGAUCGUGGAGAAGGCCAAUGUGGCUUUUCAGGAAUGGCGACAAGUCCCUGCUGCCGAACGUGUAGCAGCGCUUGCGCCUCUGGCCGAACGCUUGAGACAUCGUGCUGACGAGGCUGCAGAGCUCAUGUGCCAGGAGAUGGGGAAGCCCCUAGCCCAGGGCAAAGCAGAGGUGAUGAAAUGCGCUUACUUAGUUGAUUGGUAUGCAGAAAAUGGCGCAGAGUUUCUGAAAGACACGGAGUAUCCUGCACUACCGGGUUUCCAGAAGUCUUUUGUCACCUACCAGCCCCUUGGUUUGAUCCUCUCCAUUAUGCCUUGGAACUUUCCUAUGUGGCAGGUGGUGCGGAUGGGUGUGCCGACCCUCAUGGCGGGCAAUGGAGUUCUACUGAAGCAUGCGCCCAACUGCUUUGGAAGCAGCCUCCUUUGCGAGGAGCUGCUGAAGGAUCUUCUGCCGGAUGGCUUGUUCCGGUCAAUGAUCCUUGACGUGCCACAGACCAAUAAGGUCUUGGAGCAUCCGUCCAUUCAAGGUGUGGCCUUGACAGGCUCUGAAGUUGCAGGACGAGCUGUGGCUGCUAAAGCAGGGUCCCUUCUCAAGAAGGCAGUUGUUGAGCUGGGAGGAAGCGAUGCCUACGCCAUCCUGGCCGACUGCGAUUUGGACAUGGCUGCUGAGGCAGUGGUGAACGCUCGGGUGGCGAACAGUGGACAGACCUGCAUUGCACCCAAGCGGGCCAUUGUGGAGAAGAGCGUCAAGGCAGCCUUUGAGCAGAAGGUCGUGGAGAAGAUAUCUCGAAAGAAGUAUGGAGUGGACUAUGGCCCACUGGUGCAUCCUGUGGGCCGUGAUCAAGUAGCCAAACAGGUGGUCGAGACUCAAUCGCAAGGAGCCAAACUCCUUUGUGGCGGACCAGAUGUGAAAGUGCCAACAUCUGACUGUGGCAAGUCCUUCUUCCCGCCGACGGUUUUAACGGAUGUGAGACCUGGCAUGACGGCCUUCGAAACGGAGAUCUUCGGUCCAGUGAUCUCUAUCAUUGAGGCAGAAGAUGAAUUGGAGGUGAUCCGACUUGCGAAUCAGACCCACUAUGGAUUGGCUGGGGCAAUUUUCACAAGUGAUCUUCAGAAGGGCGAGCGCAUGGCUGUGAAGGAUAUUGAUGCUGGGAUGUGCUUCGUGAACGACUUUGUGCGCUCGGAUCCCUCCUUGCCCUUCGGAGGGGUUAAGAGCUCGGGUCUGGGCCGUGAGUGCGCGGCCUUUGGGAUGUUAGAGUUUGUCAAUGUGAAGACCAUUUGUGUCAAGUAAGCCGGUGCCGUGCCCGGCCCGCAAGGCGGUGCCGUAAGGCGGUGCCAUCGUUCUUUGAUAUCUUUUGCUUUUCUUUUGGGACAAGGUCAGCUAGCCUUUGUACAGGUCCACGAUGCCUGAAGGCAUAUUGUUCAACUGAGCAGCUGACAAGUUCGAACCUGCAUUCGGAAGGACGACCGACCAACAGAGGAGAUAGCGCAACGAAUGAAUCAGUGAAG